AUGUGGAAGCAAAUUAAUGAGGUGUUAUUUACUUUUGAAUUGGUGCUGAAAACGUUCAAGUUAUCUUUACUGGAAUCUGCCCCUGAAUCAGUCCAUUCUUGCAAGCACACUCUUCAUUUCAAAGUGUGUGUAUCUUCCUUAAGAUCAGUUCCUAGUAGCAAAAGUUCAGAUCUCAAAAAUCUGAGCUCAAAUUAUGCUGCAAAGACAUUGUCAUAUGUGUGUGAGCUGAAAUCUUCUACUGAUAAUGUCACCAACAACAACAGUUACAUGUCUCGUUGCUUAAGUGAUUGCAUAGAGGAAUACAAAGAAGCCAGAGAGAAUUUGCAGGACUCAGCAGAAGCACUUGCAGAAGGAGAUUAUGACAAGGUAGAUACAUUGGUGUCUGCUGCUAUGUCAGAUGCAGAAACAUGUGAGGAUGGCUUCAAGGAGGUGUUCAUUUAUGAUGGCAAUAAGGAUUAUUCCAAUCCUUCUCUUACUAAGCGCAACAGUUACUUCUCUGAACUGUGUAGUAAUGCUCUGGCCAUCACAAAAUUAUUAGCCCAGGAUUUUUGUGGAAGUUAA